AUGAAUAAUAAUCUAUCUUGUUUGGAAGAUUUACCUAAUGAAAUAUUAUGUGAUAUACUCAAAUAUCUCGAUGCUUCUGAUUUAUUUCAAGCCAUUCAUAAUCUUAAUAUUCGUUUCAAUGCAUUAAUUCGAUCACUUCAAUAUUUAUGUCUUACUCUUCUGAAAUUUCAUCCCUUCGAAACAAACUAUUACAAAAAUCUUAUGCCUAAUAUUUAUACUUUAAAAUUAGGUUAUAAAGCUAAUAUCAAUCUAAGUGAUUUUCCAAAUAUUCGUCGUUUAGAAUUAUUAGUACCAUCCUAUGAACAAUUAAAACAAUUGGAAUCGAAUGUUUGUUAUUAUUUAGAAUAUCUUUCAAUUGGUUAUAAACAUAUUCUAUUCUCUAAUGAAUUACCUAAUUUAUGUAAGAAAAUUUUUUCAAAUGGUUUUCCAUAUUUAAAAUCUUGUGAUUUAUUUGAACCAAAAACAAUCUACAUACCAUUAACUUCUAUUAAAUCAAUUGAACUACAUUUUUUAAGAGUUGAUCAUAUUACUUUUUCAACUUAUCAAACUAUAUUAUUAACAUGUCCAAACCUAUAUUUCUUACAAUUUACAAUCUAUUUUCCAUGGAAAGAAGCAUGUUUUAUAAAAGAACAUUUCAAUCUUCAACGUCUGAUUAUUAAAUUUGACGAUAUUGUUUCUUCAGAUAAUAAUUUUCAUAUUAAUGAUUAUAUAUCAUGUGUUCCAGCUUUAAAACAAUUAAUUAUAUAUCAAAUGAAUUAUGCAUUUAAUAUUAAAAAAUAUUUAAAAUAUGAUUGGUUUGCUUUAAUUAUUAAUCAACAUUUACCAUUACUUCAACAAUUUCAAUUUCAUUUAUCUUUUAUUGGUACAAAAAAAUCAUUUCAAUUCGAUAAUAAAUCUAUUCUUAAUCAUAUGAUCGAAAAUUUUAAAAAUAUACAUAAUAAUCGAUAUCGAUCAAAACUUAAUCUUAAUAUAUUGCAAUAA